GAUUUCCCUUCAUUUUCUUCGUUGACGCACUCACGCACCACUCUCUGUCUCUCCCUAACAACUCUCGCUUAGAGUUACUCAUUCUGUACAAACGAAAGCUUUAGAGGAGCUGAAAUGGCGGAUCAGUUGACGGACGAUCAGAUCUCCGAAUUCAAGGAAGCUUUCUCUCUAUUCGACAAGGAUGGCGACGGUUGCAUCACUACAAAGGAGCUCGGGACUGUGAUGCGAUCUUUGGGGCAGAACCCCACGGAGGCUGAACUUCAGGAUAUGAUCAAUGAGGUUGAUGCUGAUGGAAAUGGGACUAUUGACUUCCCCGAGUUCCUCAACUUGAUGGCUCGUAAGAUGAAGGACACUGAUUCUGAGGAGGAGCUCAAGGAAGCUUUCAGAGUUUUUGACAAGGACCAGAACGGAUUCAUUUCUGCAGCUGAACUUCGCCAUGUCAUGACAAAUCUAGGGGAGAAGCUAACUGAUGAGGAGGUUGAUGAGAUGAUCCGUGAGGCCGAUGUGGACGGUGAUGGUCAGAUCAACUACGAGGAGUUCGUCAAGGUCAUGAUGGCCAAACGGCGCAAGAAAAGGAUGGAAUCAAGCAGGCGAGACAUGGAGGCAACGACAAGCGAAAGGGUCUACGGUAGCGUGAGACGCCGGAAGAGGGACAAGUUCCGUGACUGUUCCAUCCUCUAAACUCAGCCACCGUCUGCUCACAAGUGAGUAUUGGAAUAAGGUACAUGUGCAGUUUGGUUGGACUUUGACAAGCACAAUUAUAAUGUGUAAUAAUGGUGACGAACUACUGGAGUCUAGUACCACUAAUUAAGGUUGUAACAUUUCAUCAUAACUAGGAUGUAUGGCAGCACAAGUGACCAGAGAUGUCUCUUUAUGGACUUGUUUUAAUCAUAAUUUAGUAGAAAAUAAAUGGAUGGAUUGACGUUGCAUAA